CAGACAGACCAAGGAGCUCUGGAGGUGUCUGGAGGCCCACCGAGCCCCAGACCCAGGAGGCCCAGGAAGCUGGAAGUGACCCUCAGGCAGCAAGACCUCAAAGGAAGAGUGAGAUUCCUGCUUACAGCUGUGCAUCACCCCGAGUGGGGCUCCUGUCAGGAGAAAAGGCCAUCACUCAAGAAGCGGCUCAGCGGCAGCUGCUCCAUGAGGAGCUGAAGGUGGUCCUGCAGCAGAAGGAGGAGAGGACACGGGAGCUCGAGCCCCCAGGUGACUCUCUGCAGAGCUAUGGAGGCCAGGAGCCGCAGCGCUGAGGAGCUGAGACGGGCGGAGUUGGUGGAGAUUAUCGUGGAGACCGAGGCACAGACCGGGGUCAGCGGCUUCAACGUAGCAGGCGGCGGCAAAGAAGGAAUCUUUGUCCGUGAGCUGCGAGAGGACUCACCGGCAGCUAAGAGCCUCAGCUUGCAAGAAGGGGACCAGCUGCUGAGUGCCCGUGUGUUCUUUGAGAACUUCAAAUAUGAGGAUGCACUUCGCCUGCUGCAAUGCGCAGAGCCCUACAAGGUCUCCUUCUGCUUGAAGCGCACUGUGCCCACCGGGGAUCUGGCACUGAGGCCCGGGACGGUGUCUGGAUACGAGAUGAAGGGCCCACGGGCCAAAGUGGCCAAGCUGGUACGCGUGCUUAGCCCGGUCCCGGUCCAGGACAGCCCCAGUGACCGGGUCGCUGCUGCGCCGUAAACCCUACUCCCUUUCACUGUGGCCCACUUUGGCCCUCUGUCUGUCACUAACCCGACACUAAUUCGCCCUCUGUCCCUUGUUCUCUGCUCCUAAACUCCACUCCUGUCAAAGGGUGCACCUAUUGGCAGGUGGUUCUCACCCAUCCCCACCAUGCAACCCGGGCUCAUUAGGGGUCAUGGAGUCCUGGAAGGCCAGAUUCUAGCCCAAUGGCUGUUGGGUUACUGAGUGACCCAAGUUUCUUUUCCUCUCUGGGUCGCAGUUUCCCCAACUCUACAAUAAGGAUGUUGGGGGAAAUUCCAGAAUUUUUGGGUUCCCAUUGCCACAUCCCUGUCCCAUUGCCACAUCACUGUGAGAUUCUGAAUGACUGUCAUUGCCUUCCUGAAGUGACAGGCAGGAAGGUGGAUGUGUUUUGGGAUAUACUCUACCCCAAACUUCUCCCAGCCUGGUAUACUAGGUGGGUUAUUUUUCUAUCUACUCCCAGCCUCCCACUGUCCCACAGCCUCCUGCCUCUCUCCUCUCUCCUCAGAACAUCCAGAGUCUGGCCCCUGUGAAGAAGAAGAAGAUGGUGACUGGGGCCCUGGGGACCCCUGCAGAUUUGGCCCCUGUUGACGUCGAGUUCUCUUUUCCCAAGUUCUCCCGACUGCGUCGGGGUCUCAAAGCCGAGGCUGUCAAGGGACCUGUCCCAGCUGCCCCAGCCCGUCGCCGCCUCCAGCUGCCUCGGCUGCGUGUCCGAGAAGUAGCUGAAGAGGCCCAGGUAGCCCGAAUGGCUGCUGCUGCUCCUCCCCCAAGGAAGGCCAAGGCAGAAGCUGAGGCAGCCACAGGAGCUGGGUUCACAGCCCCUCAGUUAGAGCUAGUUGGGCCUCGGCUGCCUAGUGCCGAGGUGGGUGUCCCUCAGGUCUCAGUUCCCAAGGGGACCCCAUCAACAGAGGCAGCCAGCGGCUUUGCCCUUCACCUGCCAACCCUUGGGCUAGGUGCCCCAGCUGCACCGGCUGUGGAGCCCCCAGCCACGGGAAUCCAGGUUCCACAAGUGGAACUCCCCACCCUGCCCUCUCUACCCACUCUUCCCACACUUCCAUGCCUGGACACCCAGGAAGGAGCUGCAGUGGUAAAAGUCCCUACCCUGGAUGUGGCAGCUCCGUCUAUGGGGGUGGACCUGGCUUUGCCGGGUGCAGAGGUGGAGGCCCAGGGAGAGGUUCCUGAAGUGGCCCUCAAGAUGCCCCGGCUCAGUUUCCCCCGUUUUGGGAUUCGGGGGAAGGAAGCCACUGAAGCCAAAGUAGUCAAGGGCAGCCCUGAGGCCAAAGCAAAGGGUCCCAGACUUCGAAUGCCCACCUUUGGGCUUUCUCUCCUGGAACCCCGGCCCUCUGGCCCUGAAGCUGUUGCUGAGAGCAAGCUGAAGCUACCCACCCUCAAGAUGCCCUCUUUCGGCAUUGGUGUGACUGGGCCUGAGGUCAAGGCACCCAAGGGGCCCGAAGUAAAGCUCCCUAAGGUUCCUGAGGUCAAACUCCCGAAAGUGCCCGAGGCAGCCAUUCCAGAUGUGCAACUCCCUGAGGUACAGCUGCCCAAAAUGUCAGACAUGAAACUUCCAAAGAUCCCUGAGAUGGUUGUACCCGACGUUCGUCUUCCGGAAGUGCAGCUGCCCAAAGUCCCUGAGAUGAAAGUCCCAGAGAUGAAGCUCCCGAAGGUGCCCGAGAUGGCCGUGCCCGAUGUACACCUUCCAGAUGUACAGCUCCCGAAAGUCCCAGAGAUGAAGCUCCCGAAGGUGCCCGAGAUGGCCGUGCCCGAUGUACACCUUCCAGAUGUACAGCUCCCGAAAGUUCCAGAGAUGAAGCUACCAGAGAUGAAGCUCCCGAAGGUGCCGGAGAUGGCCGUGCCGGAUGUACGACUCCCGGAAGUUCAGCUGCCCAAAGUGUCUGAGGUGAAGCUCCCAAAGAUGCCUGAGAUGGCCGUGCCUGAUGUCCACCUCCCGGAGCUACAACUUCCCAAAAUGUCCGAGGUGAAGCUCCCAAAGAUGCCCGAGAUGGCCGUGCCCGAUGUUCGCCUCCCGGAAGUUCAGCUGCCCAAAGUGUCAGAGAUGAAACUCCCUAAGAUGCCAGAGAUGACCAUGCCCGACAUUCGCCUCCCAGAAGUUCAGUUGCCCAAAGUGCCUGACAUUAAACUUCCUGAAAUGAAGCUUCCAGAAAUAAAACUCCCCAAAGUGCCUGACAUGGCAGUGCCUGAUGUCCCCCUUCCAGAGCUGCAGCUGCCCAAAGUGUCGGACAUUCGGCUGCCUGAAAUGCAAGUGUCACAGGUCCCAGAGGUGCAGCUUCCCAAGAUGCCAGAGAUGAAGUUGUCCAAGGUUCCUGAGGUACAGAGGAAAUCUGCAGGGGCGGAGCAGGCAAAAGGGACUGAAUUUAGUUUCAAGUUGCCCAAGAUGACCAUGCCCAAGUUGGGGAAAGUGGGCAAGCCUGGGGAGGCAAGUAUUGAGGUUCCAGACAAACUCAUGACACUUCCCUGUCUGCAGCCAGAGGUGGGCACUGAGGCAUCCCAUGUUGGUGUCCCUUCCCUCUCUCUCCCCUCUGUGGAGCUUGACUUGCCUGGGGCCCUGGGCCUGGAGGGACAAGUCCAAGAAGCUGUCCCAGGCAAAGUGGAGAAGCCAGAGGGCCCCAGGGUAGCAGUGGGUGUUGGAGAGGUGGGCUUUCGUGUGCCCUCUGUGGAGAUUGUCACUCCUCAGCUGCCCACAGUUGAAGUUGAGAAAGAGCAGCUAGAGAUGGUGGAGAUGAAAGUCAAACCCUCUUCCAAGUUCUCUCUGCCCAAAUUCGGACUUUCAGGGCCCAAAGCUGUCAAGGGAGAGGUGGAGGGGCCUGGGCGAGCCACCAAGCUGAAGGUUUCCAAGUUUACCAUCUCACUUCCCAAAGCUCGAGCAGGGACUGAGGCCGAAGCGAAGGGAGCUGGGGAAGCCGGGUUGCUGCCAGCGCUGGAUCUGUCCAUCCCACAGCUCAGCCUGGAUGCCCAGCUGCCCUCAGGCAAGGUGGAAGUAGCUGAUAGCAAGCCUAAAUCGUCCAGAUUUGCUCUGCCCAAGUUUGGGGUGAAAGGCCGGGACUCUGAGGCUGAUGUACUGGUGGCAGGGGAGGCUGAGCUUGAGGGAAAGGGUUGGGGCUGGGAUGGGAAGGUGAAGAUGCCCAAGCUGAAAAUGCCAUCUUUUGGGUUGUCCCGAGGAAAGGAAGCAGAAACUCAGGAUGGACGUGUCAGCCCCGGGGAAAAGCUGGAGGCCAUAGCUGGGCAGCUUAAGAUCCCUGCGGUGGAAUUGGUCACACCGGGAGCUCAGGAGACAGAGAAGGUCACCAGUGGAGUGAAGCCGUCAGGCCUCCAGGUGUCCACCACUGGGCAGGUGGUUGCAGAGGGCCAGGAGAGUGUGCAGAGGGUGUCCACACUAGGUAUCUCUUUGCCCCAGGUGGAAUUGGCCAGCUUUGGGGAGGCAGGCCCUGAGAUCGUAGCCCCUUCUGCAGAGGGCACAGCAGGCUCUAGGGUCCAGGUGCCACAGGUGAUGCUGGAGCUACCUGGAACCCAGGUGGCAGGGGGUGAUCUGUUAGUGGGUGAGGGCAUCUUCAAGAUGCCCACAGUGACAGUGCCCCAGCUAGAGCUGGAUGUGGGGCUGGGCCAUGAAGCCCAGGCUGGUGAAGCAGCCAAGAGUGAGGGUGGGAUAAAGUUGAAGUUGCCCACACUGGGGACCGGAAGCAGAGGAGAGGGCGUUGAGCCCCAGGGCCCCGAGGCCCAGCGCACCUUCCACCUCUCAUUGCCCGAUGUGGAACUCACGUCACCAGUGAGUAGCCACGCUGAGUACCAGGUAGUUGAGGGUGAUGGGGAUGGUGGGCACAAACUCAAGGUUCGGCUGCCCCUGUUUGGUCUGGCAAAGGCCAAGGAAGGGAUAGAAGUUGGAGAAAAGGCUAAGAGUCCAAAGCUCAGGCUACCCCGAGUGGGCUUCAGCCAGAGUGAGUCGGUCUCCGGAGAAGGCUCUCCAAGUCCUGAGGAGGAGGAAGAAGGCAGUGGGGAAGGGGCUUCCAGUCGCCGGGGUAGGGUAAGGGUCCGCCUGCCUCGGGUAGGCUUGGCUUCCCCUUCUAAAGUCUCUAAGGGACAGGAGGGUGAUGCAACCUCCAAGUCCCCAGUUGGGGAGAAGUCACCCAAAUUCCGUUUUCCUAGGGUGUCCUUAAGCCCCAAGGCCCGGAGUGGGAGUAGGGACCGGGAAGAAGGUGGAUUCAGGGUCCGACUGCCCAGUGUGGGAUUUUCAGAAACAGCAGUUCCAGGUUCCACCAGGAUUGAGGGAACCCAGGCUGCUGCCAUCUGAAGCCCCAGGACAGCUGUGGAUUCCCCCUCUUGUCUUUCCAUUCCCCAGCCUAGCCCCCCAUUUUGUGUGUGACAUUACUAGCACUAAUCCUCAGAGGGCUUGAAGGUGGGUAACUGACUCAGGCAGGAGCCAGUGGCCUGUGCCACCUCAUUGGCCAAAGUGCCUGUAUAUCAUGUCAAACUAUGGGAAUAAAAUAAUUCAAAAGUU